CUUAGUCAAUUGGACUGUCCUUAUUAGUGGUUCAGUCUCAGGCGCUCAAGCAGUACCUCACACACGAAUCCACCGAGAAACAUUUGUAUUCUCAUAUACACAUACUCGGGAUAUCUGAUUGGUGCACACAUUGAUUUCGUUACUUCUGUUCGAAAGAAUUCAAGCGUGUUAAGCGUGUGCACCCGUCUUCUCGCUCUCCCAAACACACAUAUAUAUAUAUAUAAAUUUACCUACAAAAAAAUACUUUUGAAGUACGCAAACUGAUUGCUACGUAUAUAUACGUGGGUUCUGUUUGAUGCUGGUUGGAAGGAAUGAAACAAAUCGCCAGCCCAUGACCUAAAAACCAAAAGCUAAACGAAAACAGAGAAGAAAAAGAAAAACGGGAAAAACAAGCUUAUACAAAACUAUCCCCUCUAGACAACAAUGGCUUCACUAAGCAGAAAUCUGGGGAGUUUUCGAAACCUCUCUCUAUGUAAUCGUCUGUGUAAGAUCUACGACAUCCGAACAGUGACUUCCAACAACAGUUUCAGUCGGUGCCAGAUCAUGGGACAACUACCGGCAGUUUACAUGCUGUCUCGUAGGGAUUCAUCCAGUUUAUUGGCCAAGAACUAUCCCGAGUUUGAACUGUUCCAGUCCAGGCAUUUAGGUCCUCGUGUAAAGGAGACACAAGCCAUGUUAGAGUUCAUUGGUUAUUCCGAUAUGGAUUCUUUCAUUGGCAAGACAAUGCCUGCAUCAAUACACUUUAAGGAAGAUCUCAAACUUGACAGUCCUUUAGGAGAAAGCCAAACUCUGCAAAAAUUACAAGAAAUUGCUCAGAAGAAUAUGCUUUGGAAGAACUACAUUGGUAUGGGUUACUAUAACACACAGAUGCCAUAUGCCAUCUUGAGAAACUUCUUUGAAAAUGUAGGAUGGUUGACCCCAUACACACCAUACCAGGCUGAAAUAGCACAAGGGCGACUUGAAAGCUUGACAAACUAUCAAACAAUGGUCUCUGACCUGACUGGGCUGGAGUUUGCCAAUGCCUCCUUACUGGACGAGAGCACAGCAGCUGCUGAAGCUAUGACCAUGUGUGUCAGACAUAACAAGAGGACAAGGUUCUAUGUAGACGUCAACUGUCAUCCGCAGACAAUCGCUGUGGUUGAAACCAGAGCCAAGAUGCUUAGUCUGGAUGUGGUCGUUGAAGAUGCUGAGAAGAUGGACUUCAGUCACAAUGACAUUGCUGGAGUCCUGCUGCAAUACCCUGAUACCAAUGGUAAAGUUCAGGACUUUGGUGAUGUCAUCAGCAGGGCACAUCAGGCCAAGACCCUUGUCACCCUUGCUACUGAUCUGUUAGCGCUGACCCUGUUAAAGUCCCCAGGAGAACUUGGUGCUGAUAUUGCAGUUGGUUCAAGUCAGCGUUUUGGUGUUCCCCUUGGAUAUGGUGGGCCACAUGCUGCUUUCAUGUCCACCAAGAACACGUUCCGUCGGAGUAUUCCUGGACGUCUUGUAGGAGUGGCCAGAGAUGCACAAGGUAACCUUGCAUACCGUUUGGCUCUACAGACCCGCGAACAACACAUUAGGAGAGACAAAGCUACCAGUAAUAUAUGUACUGCUCAGGCACUCUUGGCUAAUAUAGCUGCCAUGUAUGCAGUUUACCAUGGCCCAGAAGGACUUAAAACUAUUGGUAACAAAGUACAUUACGGAACUCUUCUGUUAAAAGAAGGUAUCCGUCAAGCUGGCCACACUCUUCACACUGACUUUGUCUUUGACACGGUGAAGUUCCUCCCAAACGGUAACUUAACAGCACUGAAAGAGAGAGCAAAUGAGAAAAUGGUCAAUUUGAGAUACUUCCAUGAUGGAUGGGUUUCUAUCUCUAUGGAUGAAACAGUUUCUGUGAAGGACCUCAAUGACCUCUUCACCAUUGUUGGAUCACCUAAAACUGCUGAAGAAUUGUCUGGAGUUAUUGGUGAGAAGCCAGUUGACAGUAUUGGUCAAAGCCAUUUAAAAAGGACGUCUUCAUAUCUCACACACGCUGUCUUUAACAGAUAUCAUUCUGAGACCAACAUUGUGCGUUACAUGAAAAUGCUGGAAAACAAAGACCUCUCGCUGGUUCACUCGAUGAUACCUCUAGGUUCCUGUACCAUGAAACUGAAUGCUUCUUCAGAGCUGAUUCCAUGUUCCUGGAAUGAAUUCACAUCUUUGCAUCCAUUUGCACCCAAAGAACAAGCUGAAGGUUACAUAGAGAUGUUCAAAAGCCUUGAGAAAGAUCUCUGUGAGAUUACAGGCUUCGACAAAAUCUCUUUCCAACCAAAUAGUGGUGCUCAGGGUGAAUAUGCAGGACUCUGCUCCAUCAUGGCCUACCUCAGUGACCAUGGUGAAACACAGAGAAACGUAUGUCUAAUCCCUAUCUCAGCCCAUGGAACCAAUCCUGCCAGUGCACAGAUGGCAGGCAUGAAAAUUCAAGUCGUCCGAGUUGCAGCAGACGGAGCCAUUGACAAGGAACACCUCAAAGAAAUGGUGGAGAAACACAAGGAUACCCUUGCUUGUCUCAUGGUGACUUACCCUUCUACUCAUGGGGUGUUUGAUGAAGACAUUAGGGAAAUUUGUGAUUUGAUUCAUUCUCAUGGUGGUUUUGUUUAUUUGGAUGGUGCCAACAUGAAUGCACAGGUUGGUCUGUGUCGUCCUGGAGACUAUGGUGCUGAUGUAUGCCAUCUAAAUCUUCACAAGACAUUCUGCAUCCCCCAUGGUGGUGGUGGUCCAGGAAUGGGUCCAAUCGGAGUGAAGAAGUUGUUAGCGCCCUAUUUGCCAGGCCAUCCUGUUAUUGAUCCCUUCGAUUCUGGUGAAUCCAGCAGCAAAUCUCUAGGGGUCAUCUCUGCAGCUCCCUAUGGUUCCAGUCUGAUUUUGCCAAUAUCCUGGACCUACAUCAAAAUGAUGGGUCCUCAGGGUUUGAAGAAAGCAUCACAGCUAGCAAUUCUCUGUGCCAACUACAUGAGUUACAGACUGAAGGGACAUUACAAAAUACUCUAUACCAAUAAAAAUAAUCUGGUGGCCCAUGAGUUUAUUGUAGAUUGUAGACCUUUCAAGAAACUUGCCAACGUUGAAGCUGUUGAUAUUGCCAAAAGACUGCAAGAUUAUGGAUUCCAUGCUCCUACCAUGUCAUGGCCAGUGACUGGGACACUAAUGUUAGAACCAACAGAAUGUGAAGACAAAGAUGAACUAGACAGAUACUGUGAUUCUUUGAUUGCAAUCCGUCAAGAAAUCCAAGAUAUCACCGAUGGAAAGCUGGAUCGUAAAGUUAAUCCAUUGACUAUGGCACCACACUCUCAGUCUGUUGUCAUGGCAACCAAUUGGGACAGACCAUAUUCCAGAGAAAUUGCAGCAUUUCCUGCCUCAUUCAUCAGGCCAGAAAAUAAAAGGUGGCCAGCUGUCGGUAGGAUAGAUGAUGUAUACGGUGACCAGAAUCUAGUGUGUUCGUGUCCACCAAUGGAGGCUUACGAAUCGCCUUUCAUGAAAGAAUCAGCCAAUGAAAAUCUACAAGAGCGAAGAGCAUCCAACUAAAAAUUGAAGGAAUGAAGAAAUGACAGACAACAUAAAACAAUGAAAAAAAAAGACGUGUCAAUACAUAUAUAUAUAUAUAUAUAUAUAUAUAUAUUGUCAGUAGUUGAUAUAUCUCUAAAAGAAGCACACUCUAAAACAUUAGAGCAGUAAUGUAUUUUUUUAGGAAGUUAAAAGAUAUGGCCAGUUAUAGCGUGACCAUUGGUUUUGCUCCUUUAAAAUGCUUAGCAUUAUAAGUGACUCAUCAAACUGAGAUAUGUCUGACGAGUCGCCUAUACUGCUAAGUGCUUUAUAGGUGUGAAGCCAUUGGUCACUCUGUAACUGGUCAUAACUUUUAAUUCUUGAAAUAUACAUAUGAAAAGAAGAGCAUUCCUUGAAGUAAAAGUGCGAAGAUAAAGAGCUUCUUACAAAUUGAAAAGGAAAAAAAUUAAUAACUUUUAUAUAUUCUAGACAUCAUUAGAAGUGAUCAGGGGUCAAGAAAUGUUACUCCAUACAGUAAGGGCCCUGUUGAUUGUUAUGGCUGCUUACAUUUGAUCAUGGGUAUUUGUACCUAAAAUAUAUAAGGGUUAAUAAACUUUUCCCUUUUUACAUUAUAAGAAGCUCUCUGUCUUAAUUAUUUUACUAUUUUGCUGCUUCACACACUUAAAUACAUAUAUAGUUUCGUCGCUUUGAGACCGUGACCUCUUCACUGACAAAAUUCCGUGCUCACGGAAUUUUGUCAGUGAACAGGUCGCGGUCUUAAAGUGAUGAAAAUAAUUUGGCAAAUUAAAUCUAAAUGUUGAAGAGAAUCUAACGGUUUUUGUGUGUUUUUAAAUGUCUUAUACACACCUUCCAUGCUGCAAUUGUUUUUGUGUGUGUGUGUGUAUAUAUAUAUCAGGAAAAGUAUAUGUGCAUGAAACAGCUUUAGAUUAAAAUAACAGUGUGUAUAACAUUUAUAAUAUAUAUACAAAUGUGGAUUGGCACUGGCUGGAAUGUCUCAGAGAAUCUUCUCAAUGAGUACUGUGUUUUUUUUUUAACAUAAAUCUCUGGGAAGUUUCGCUGUUCAAUGUUUGUAUAUACAUAAAUGUUAUUCACACCAGUGUGUGGGUGUGAAAAUAAUUUUUUUGAUGCAGUAUAAAAUAUGUGUGUGUGUGUGUGUGUUUAUUCUUUUGUAUGUACAAAUGAAAAGGAAACUAUUUCACUCAAUACAAGUAUUAGAGUUUAUUUUUAUAAAUUAAGAAUCUGAAGUUUUAGGCAUUUGCUCUGUUGUGUCUGUAAACUGUUGGAAACCAAGAAAAUUUGAAACAGCAAUGGAGCAAAACAAACUUCAAAUGAGUGUUACUAUGAGUGUAGAUAGCACUACUGUAUUCUGUCUCCAAAUGUAAAAGUCUUUAAUGUUUCACCAGGUGGUGAAGUAGUGGUUUCUAUUCCUUCUACCAUGAUACCAGAGCUACCCUGGCUCACACCUGUUGGGGGUCCCCAUUAUGUAGGUGACAUGACUCCUGCUGCAUAACAGUACAAAAUGAGUUGGAUCCAAUAAUGUGAUUCUGAGAUGGAUAUAUAGGUGUGUGCACAUGUGUGCAAUGAAAAUGCAUGAACACAUUGGGCUGCAUGAUUUACUUAUUUUGAAGCAUUUUCAAUGAUUUAGAGAAUUCCAGUUAGAUUUUUACUUUCCCCCAUUAUUGCUUAUCCCAGUUCUAAUUACACUAUUUUUUGUCCAUUAAAAAUUUUUUUGGGAUGUACUGUAAAAAAUAGUUUUAAUGAGAAAAGGAUAUUUUUAUUUUUCAACAGUCUUUUGUCUAAAAGGAUAAGACCACAGUUAAGGCUUUAAUGAAUUGAACCAAUGUCUAAGAGAUAUGAGGUCACAUUUAAAAAGACUUCUAAAAAUUGUUUGAAAAUAAAUUUAAAGACUGCUUAUCAGAGGCAGCUAAAAAUGGUUUCUAGUCACCUCUGAUGGGCAGUCUCAACACCACACUUUCAGUUGCAGUUCAUACUGGAGUUUGAGUGGUAAACCAAACUAAGCACUCAUAGUAUAUACCUGUUACUUUACCUCAGUUGAUGAAAACUUCUUAUAUAUUUUGUAAAACCAGAUUUAAAUGUUUUGAAGUCUUGAUGUCAAAGUCAAAGGGCUCUUCAUGGUUUGAAAGAUCAUUACUUAAAAUUGGCUGAACCUGUUGAAAGAAUAAGAGUAAUACAAGUGUGACACUGAUUUUCCGAAAUCUUUGGUUCCAAAGCCAAUCUGGGUUAUUGAUUUUUUGGAACCAGGGGUUCUAAAUUUGCUUAAAAAGUUGAAUGAAAUAUAUUAGUACAAAUAAUACAAGUUUAUUAAUACUGUACUGUACCAGGUACCAGUAAACUAGUUUUGAUGACCAUUGGAAUUUGAAGUUCCUGCUUGUAAAUUAGCAUGGAUUGUAAACAAUUCCAGACCUUCAGUGUCCAGAAACUUAGUGUUGUACCUGUACUUGAUACUUGUAUUUCUUUUAAUGGUUGUUAUUGGCUUGACUAAUUUUUUGUGAGUUUUUAAGACAGACUCUAAACUUUGAUUCAAUUUAAAUGUGCUGACAGGAGACAUAACUGAAGAUUUAAACCUUAAUUUUACAUGCAUUUGUCAACCAAUUAUGAGAAUGGAUUUAAAAUAUACAGCGUGGAAAUUUAACAAAUUUCAUCUCAAAUUUUUUUUCCUCCCAAAUUUUCCUACGAAAUGGCUAAUCCUAAGUUUUACAAUAGUUUGAAUGGUAUGAAAGUUGUUGGUAAAAAUAGUUAGACUAUAUUUUUUAACAAAUAACUCUUUCCUAUAUAACAUAUAAUCACUGCAACAUAUAUGAAAGAAAUGACUAGGAUAUAGACCCAGUCUAUAUCAUCAAAUACAAGAUGUCAGAUUUUCAAUAAAAAAAAAAGGUGGAAAGCAUAA